UGAGGAACUCACGUUGGUGACUUGAAUACACUGAGAAUGGGCCCAUUCUAAUGAACAUGACAGACAAGAAGAUAUGCAACGCUCGCUUGACACCAACUUCCACGGCCCCAUCAACCUCACGCGCGCCGCGUUGCCGCAUUUCCGCAGCAAGGCCGAAAAGGGCCAGGGGCUGAUUAUCUACAUGGGCUCGCAGUCGGGAUUCCACGGAGAGCCCGCCGGUGCUGCCUACUGCGCCAGCAAGUUUGCACUCGAGGGCGCCAUCGAAAGCCUUUCCAAAGAACUUGCCUGGCUCGCGCCGGGCAUAAAACCCUUAAUAAUUGAAGCCGGCAUCUUCAGUACCGAAGUAAUGAAAAACAUCAACCACGUCCCGCACCGCGUUGAAUUCUGGCGCCCGCUUAACGACGCGUGUCGCGUUCGAGGGGCAGGCAAUUACCGCAACGAGCCGGGGAACGCGGUUGACCUGGUGUCGAAAGUGAUCCAGAUUGGUAAAGGCGUAGGUAUUGCUGAAGGGAAGGACAUUCCGUUGCGUGUGCCGUUUGGGAGUGACUGUGUUGGGUUUCUUCGGCAGAAGAUUGAGGAUUUGACCACGAUUGUGGACGAGUGGGAAGACGUUGCGCGCAGUGCAGACUUUCCAGCGCAUGGAGGGCCCAUGCCUGCUUUGCCUGAGUAAGUCUACGCCAUAGUGAAAGUAGCAGCUAGAGCAGCUAGAGCAGCUAUUUCUAAAUGGAGCUGAAGGCGAGCAUUGCCUCGAGUGUAUAAGUUAAAGAGGAUUAAUGUCCAGGGCUGAGAGACAAUCGGGUUUGCGAUGCUUGUCAAUUAUCAAGGGUACACCUCAUAUCCCCCUGUUAAACCCCUUCAUUGUGCUGAGCUGGCGGGGAGGGAGCCAGUUACUCCUCUGGUUACGCUGAAUGUCUCGCCUCGCCUACUUGCAUAGAUAGAUUCCGCUGCAGCUGAAGCAGCCCCUGCCCCAUUGCAGUUAUAUACCGGUAGCAGUUUUGGUUUGGAUCCGGAAUCG